UGGGACAGGUCACUGGGCGGGUGAGUAAGUGGGUGGGAGCUUGCUCAAGCAAAAGAAGACUCCGCUUCGGCUGUUAGUAGAGCGCCUGCGACAGGGGAGCUACUACUGUCCUCAAGAGCUGCAGGCCAGCCAGGUUCAAGUUGAAGGUUCUCUGGCCGGGAGGUGACGUCCGGAGGCCAGGCUGCAGUGGGAGCGACCAUUGCAGACCCCGGAUAACCCCACCACCACCACCCCCGCCCCGCGGGGCUCCAGUGGAAAGGGCUUCGCUGCUACCACCUCUCCUUUCCUCGGGCUCCCACACGGGAGUCCCCCUCCACACUUGGGGUCACAGCAAUCUCCAGUUUGGGGGCUGGAUGUUCGCGUCCUGUCUGUCCCUGAGAACUUGAGGGUGAUCGCUGAGCCCCGACGUGCGUGCAAGGGCUGCCGGGGUUGUGACCACCAUGAUCCCGGGUGUCUUCGGCUUUCGCCGGUGGGCCCCGGUGGGCGUCCUGACCUCGCUGGCGUACUGCCUCCACCAGCGGAGGGUGGCCCUGGCCCAGGUGCAGGAGGAGACCGCCCGGCGCCCCGUCGAUCGCAAGCUGCUGGAGCUGAAAAUGGUGCAGGUGGUAUUCCGACACGGAGCUCGGAGUCCGCUCAAGCAGCUCCCGCAGGAGGAGCAGGUAGAGUGGGACCCUCUGCUAUUAGAGGUCCCUCCCCGAACUCAGUUCAGUUACACAGUCACCAAUCUGACUGGCGGCCCGCAGCCACAUUCUCCUUUCGACGAUCAAUACCAGAAGGUCACACUGAAGGGGGGCAUGGCCGCGGGGCAGCUGACCAGGGUGGGCAUGCAGCAGAUGUUUGCCCUGGGAGAGAGGCUGAGGAAGAACUACGUGGAAGCAGUCCCUUUUCUUUCACCAAACUUCAGCCCCCAGGAGGUCUUCAUCCGUUCCACUAACAUACAUCGGAACCUGGAGUCUACUCGGUGCUUGCUGGCUGGGCUUUUCCAACGUCAGAAAGAACCCGUCAUCAUCCGCACCGAUGAGGCCAGCUCUGAAAUCUUGUACCCCAACUACCAAAACUGCUGGAGUCUGAAGCAAAGAACCAGACACCAGAGGCAGGCUGCCUCGUUGCUGCCGGAAAUCGCAGAGGAUCUGAAAAAGGUGAAGGAAGGGCUGGGCAUGAGCAGUAGUGACGAAGUGGACUUCCUCAGUCUCCUGGACAAUCUGUCUGCAGAGCAGGUACACAGCCUCCCAAGCUGCCCCACCCUGAAGAGAUUUGCAGGGGUGAUCGAGCAGAGAGCCGUGGACACAUUUCUGUACAUCUUGCAAAAAGAAGACAGGGAAAGCAUUCGGUUGACCGUCGGCCCUGUCCUCCACAUCCUGGAGAACAACCUGCUGGAGGCCGUGAAGCCCGCCACUGCGCCCAGCGGGCUCAGAAAGCUGUACCUCUAUGCAGCUCAUGAUGUCACCCUCAUCCCUCUCUUAAUUGCCCUGGGCAUCUUUGACCACAAAUGGCCCCCAUUUGCAGCUGACCUGACCAUAGAGCUCUAUCAGCAUAAGGACACGAAGGAGUGGUUUGUGCAGCUGCGUUACCACGGGGAGGAGCGGGUGCCAAGAGGAUGCCUGGAAGGGCCAUGCCCGCUGGACGAGUUCUUGAAUGCUGUGUCCAUUUACACCUUAAGCCCAGAAAAGUACCACAGGCUCUGCUCCCAACCACAGUGACUGGUGGUUUCAAACUGCUGACCAUGCCGUGAAGAGCCCAACGCCUAGUCGCCAUGCUACCAAGGCUCCUCAAGAAGGCUUCCCAGCCGAGUUCAAUUCAAGACCGUGGGUCUGACGGUAGCCGGAGCCCUCUUCAGACUCGGGUAGCUGAAGGCUGAUGACACGGAAGAGGGAAGCUGCUUGCAGGGAGCUCAGGGGCUGCGUGGUACAGUCACUCGGAUCCAAGGUCGGUGGAUCGGACCUUGUGGGGACAACUGUCCAGUCGGUGACCCACAUGGGGCUGCUCCUAGAGGCAGACAGAGUCCCAAUGAGGAGGAAGUCAAAAAGCAAGAAGAAGAAAUGCCCGCGUCUCUUAUAAAAAAGGCCGCAGCUCCCAGGAGGCAUCAUCAGGCUGUGAACUGACUGACAGGUUGGACCCCAUCCCUACCCUUCAGCACAUGUUCAAGCCGACAUAAAAUCUAACGGCCACGAGGCCUCUUCUGGAAAGGAGAAGGAGGAAAUGCUGAGACCAGAGGGUAGUCCUCUCUUGUGUGGCGCGAGUUUCCUCCCUUGAAGCAUCUGCAUGUGACACAGCUGGGGACAUCACGGCUCUGGAAUGGCAUGGUACUGGGCCUGGGGAUCCUUGUUGUGUCUUCAUUUCACAAGCGUUUGGUGAACACCCACUCAUUCUCACGGCAUGACCAGUUCAAGUUGCUGUGGAGCCUGUUCCUGCUCAUGGGAACUGAGAUAGUUUAUUGUGCCAGCCUGGCUGAUAAACGCAGGUGGGAUUGACUGAGGGGCGGAGAGAUGGAUGGC